UGAAGCAAGGUUGCGCUGAAGGAAGGAGAGAAAGAGGUGUGAGGAAAGGUAGGUAUCUAAGAAAGACUCUUGCAGCUUCUAAGGGAGUCACUCCUCCGCAGAGAGCUCUAUAAAUUCCUAGCUCCAUUUCAUAUGUUUCUCUCAUAGAACAGAUCUUAUUGUUAAGGUCCUCUCCAUUUCUCUUCUCUCCUCCAAUAUUCCCCUAGCUCUUCUCUUCUCUAUAAGAAGACAAGUCUUUUUGGUUUUCUCUGUCUGUUUGAUCACAUCAGCAGCCUUGUUUAUCUCUAGUUUGCUUGCCCAUUUCAGGGAAAAGCCCAUUUUGUGAUUGCCCAGAAGCAAAGCACCAGCCUGUCUUGCUCUUUAGUUUUUCCCAGACAUAAAUCCAGUAAUCCCUAUUGCUUAUAUUGGACUACUCUCUGCCUGAGUUUAUAGGCACCUCUAUUCUUCUGCUCUACAUCUCUCUUCCUUAUUUUGAGGUAAAAAGAGGCACCAUGGGAGGCACCUUAGAAUACUUCUCAGGCUUGUUUGGCAGUAGCCACAGGCGCAAGAAGAGGAAGCAAUUCCAGACUGUGGAGCUCAAGGUCAGGAUGGAUUGUGAUGGCUGUGAGCUCAAAGUUAAAAAUGCUCUUUCCUCAAUGAAAGGUGUUAAAUCAGUGGACAUUAAUAGAAAGCAGCAGAAGGUGACUGUGACUGGCUAUGUUGAGCAACACAAGGUCCUGAAGAAGGCCCAGUCCACAGGCAAGAAGGCUGAGAUAUGGCCUUAUGUUCCUUACAACCUGGUCAUGCACCCAUACGCUGCCAAUACCUAUGACAAGAAGGCACCCCCUGGCUAUGUGAGGAAUGUGGAGGCCAUCACCAUCUCCAGCCAGCCAUUUAGGCAGGAGGACCAGCUCACCAACCUGUUCAAUGAUGACAACCCCAAUGCCUGCUCCAUUAUGUGAAGGAGAACAGAUCCAAAGAGGAGUUUUUUUUCCUAUUACUUCCAGAGGCCCCAGCUGACCUCUUUCAGUUUCCCUUCCGUUAUCAAAGUUAGAAGAGGUUUAUAUUUAAUUGUUUCUAUGCAUUAAAAUUCAGGAGGUUUGGAUUGGAAGAGAUGUAGUUCUGCAGCAAAGAAGCUUUGGCUUGUCUUGUCUUUUUCUCUCCUUGUGUCAUGUAUGGGAGGGAGCAGUCUUAAACUGAUGAGUCUAUCCUGUAGUCUCCCUGCUGGGACCGGUUGGAAAUGAGGCAUGGGUGGUUGUGGAACAGCUACGGAUUAUCUACUCUGUUUUCCUUUUGUAUAAGGUUGCAGUUUAUUGUA